AUUUUCAACGUCACACCCUGUUUUGGGUCAAAAGUCUAGCGCCAACAUUCAUAAGUUUGGGUUUUAUUUUCUGGGAAUUCAUGUGUUUUCAAGCAAAAAUACGAGUAGCAAACAUUUAAAAGACGUAAAUUUGAUUUAAUAUCAAUUUAUAAGGGUGGCCCACCUGCUGAACAUCCAGUUGUCUCAAUAAUGGCGGAGGUUUAGUGUGUUGAUGGACAGUGGGCUCUGUCAUAUUUGCAUCGUUUCGCGGGUUGAACGAUGGUAACAGGGUCGUGUCGGGCCGAAACAGUAGACGUAAGAGUGCACCGAGUUGAAUGAGUGUUUCAGGGGCCGCCUUGAGAGUCUGAUCUGGGUCGCAGCCCGUGCUGAGAGCAGUGUGCGGAGGAACGCAGCCGCCCGGGGGGCAUCCGUGAGCGCCGGAUUCGGUCGGUUGAUGACUGCGGGCGGCCGGCCGAGCGAGAGUAGCCGCCGAAUCGAAUGCCUCCGCUGCUGAGUUCGAUGGAACACGCUGCUCGCACACCGGCCGCCGGCGGGACGCACAACCUGAGCAACGGCCGCAAGGAUGCGGCGGACGCCGCCACCUCGCCGAGCUCCAUCAGCUGCAUCAGCAUCGGCCAGCAGACCAGUCCGCUCAAGAACAAGCCGCCCCCGGCCGCCCCCAGGAGACAUGACGCGGCCACCCUGGCCAAGAGCGCCUCCUUCUGGACCGCCAUGUACGACUACGAGGCCAUGGGCGAGGACGAGUUGAGCCUUCGGAAGGGCGAGGUGGUCGAGGUGCUGUCCAAGGACUCGAAGAUCUCCGGCGACGAGGGCUGGUGGAUUGGCAAGAUCGAGGGCAAGGUCGGCAUCUUCCCGUCCAACUUCGUCACCAACCAGUACCUCGAGGAACCAAACGAAAUCGACUUCAACGACCUGACCCUGGAAGAGGUCAUCGGGGUCGGCGGCUUCGGCAAGGUCUACCGCGCCUACCUCAUCAAUGAGGAAGUUGCCGUCAAGGCGGCCAGACAGGGCCCUGAGGAGGACCCGAGCGUCACCCUCGAGAGUGUCCGGCAGGAGGCGAAACUCUUCUGGAUGCUGCAGCACGAGAACAUCGUGUCCCUCAAGGGUGUCUGCCUCACGCCGCCCAACCUGUGCCUCGUCAUGGAGUACGCCAGGGGCGGGCCCCUCAACAGGGUGCUCCAGGGCCGCAAGAUCAGGCCCAACGUGCUCGUCGACUGGGCCAUCCAGAUCGCCCGUGGCAUGAACUAUCUGCACAACGAAGCGCAGAUCAACAUUAUACAUCGAGAUCUCAAGUCCUCUAAUGUGUUAUUAAGCGAACCCAUCGAAAAUGAAGACCUGCAGUUCAAGACGCUCAAGAUCACGGAUUUCGGACUGGCCCGCGAAGUGUACAAGACGACGCGGAUGUCGGCCGCGGGCACCUACGCUUGGAUGGCGCCAGAGGUCAUCCGCGACUCGACCUUUUCUAAAGCUAGUGAUGUCUGGAGCUACGGCGUUUUACUUUGGGAACUUCUGACUGGCGAAACUCCCUACAAAGGAACUGACACAUUCACCGUAGCCUACGGAGUUGCUGUAAAUAAACUAACCCUUCACAUCCCCACAACCUGCCCCGAACCGUGGCGAGCACUCAUGGAAGACUGUUGGGCGCCGGAUCCGCACAUGCGGCCUUCCUUUGAGGAAAUCCUGAUAGCGCUGGAUGGCAUCGUCCACUCGACGUUUACGAAAACGCCACAUGAGAGCUUCCACACGAUGCAGGACAACUGGAGAGUAGAAAUAGAAGACGUCCUCACUGGACUCCGAAAAAAAGAAACGGAGCUGCGAUGUCGGGAAGAGGAACUGAGCAAAGCCCAGCUGCACCAGAGGAUAUUCGAGCAGCACCUGCUGGAGAAGGAGCAGGAGCUGAAGGCGCGCGAGUUCGACCUGCUGCAGCGCGAGCUGCACAUGAUGAUGACGGCGCAGCAGCAGUCGACGCCGACGCCGUUCAAGCGCAAGGGCAAAUUCAAGCGGUCGCGCCUCAAGCAGCUGAAGAAGGAGCCCGGCCAGAGCAUCAGUUUUCCCUCGGAUUUCCGCCACACGAUCACCGUUCAGCACACAGGGGGCAUGGAGAGGAAAGCGCGCACCGCCUCGAGCCCGAACAGUCCGCCGGGCUCUCCGAGCAUUCCGCGGUUCAGGGCCAUUGCACUCCCUGCCGAUGGGGUUAAAGGCAAGACUUGGGGGCCGAGCACGCUGCACCAAAGGGAACGAAGUCAGAUCUUUACCCGGGUGGCCGACGGAGGCCACAAGCGGUGGAGCAAAAGCGCUCCCAACCUCGAGAAACACGCCCGGAGCCACGCGGCCGCCGUGGCCGCCGCCGCCCGCGAAGGAGGAGUGGUCAACAUCGGAACUCUACAGGAAAUAGGCUAUUCGCAGGAGUGCCUACACUCGUACAACUACGUAGAGAACGAGUGGGUGGAUUACCCGCAAGGAGCCAAACCGCUCAUCCCGAUCGCCACUCUUUACAACGGCGCCGAGAAGAAGCCCAAAUUGUCCCUCGUCGAGAUGGUUUUGUACAACAUGGCGGCAAUGAUGGCCGGAGUGGCCGCUGGUUACGACGUCCGGCUGUCCAAUGUCUCUGCAAUUCACCCCAAAUUACAUCCGGACAGGGGCGAGGAGGAAGUGGAUGAGCGUCGGUGGUGGUUCGGCGAAGGCGCGCCCGCCUACGAGUUCUCCACCGUCUCGGGCUACCCGCACAACACCUACCACGGGCCGACGAGGCACCUUCGGACGCCUUUGUCGCUCGACUCGAGGCCCCUGCGCUUCACCGACUCGCCGCAACACUAUGCCAUCGGCGGGCCGCCACCUCUGCCGCCAAACUCAUCACACUCAGGAACUCCAGUGGCGUCGCCGCGGAGAAAAUCUUCAAGUACAAGCAACGAUGGCAGUGAUGUGACUUAUCCCCCUCCCCAAGCGAUAAACGCCCCCACGAUGUACGUCCCGGUGGAGUACUCGCUGGAGGACGGUCGGACGGUGCCGUACCUGGGUCAGUACGUGUACCGCGGCGACUCGAGCUACCUUUACGAUCCGCGUGAGCCGCACCACGCGGCCACUUACCUGGAGACGCGUCCGACCUACGGCGCCGACUACGUCAACACGGGGGUGCACUUUGUCGACGGGUACCACGCGUACGACAACCCCAGCAGCAGCGUGAGCAGCUCGAGCACCAACCCGCGGACGCCGUCGCGCCUCUUCUCCGGACACCGCCGGACGCCGUCCAACGUGUCCAACGCGUCGUCCACCAACACCAGCAGCAGCAACGUCAACCCCAGUUUCCGCCUGGAGGACGAAGACUCGCAGUACUCGACGCCGUCGCGCUCCAGACACUUCGAGCCGGCGCCGCCCUCCGAGUACACCCCCUACUACCUGCGCCAGAACUCGGCGCCCCUCGACUCGGACAGGCCCGGCACCCUCGAACUGUCCGGCCAGCGGCUCCGCUCGCAGCUCCGCAAGUACAGCAACUACGGCAGCUCGUCCGCCUCCAAGCCGCCCAGCGGCUGGGGCUCGGGGGCUGGAACCCCGACCAACCCCACGCCGCCUGACAGCCUCACCAGCGAGGACAGCAGCUACGUCUCCGCCAAGGAAAGCACUUCCUCCAGAGUCAGAUUCCUGAACAACAUGGGCUCGGAGACGCUGCUGGACGUGCCGGUGCCGACCGUGGACAGCACGGUGCCCCUGCAGGCGUCGGCGUUGCGCAACAUGCGGCUCAGCUUGUCGCAGCGCAAACCUUCCAUCACGGAGCUGGAGCGCGAGUUCCUCAACUCCUAGCAAUACGCGCGGGGGAGCAGAAAUGCUUCCCCGCACCGCCCGCUGAGGAGUCGGUCCACGUCGGCCACCAGGAGACGCCUCGCUGACAACGUCCAGUGAAAAUUCAGUGCGGACGAAGCAUCCCAACAUAUUGGAGGAAACAAAAACUUAACAGGCACUCGGACAAAGUUUCAAAAGUUCUUGCCAAAAAAGUGCUUUUUCAAAAAAAAAAAUGAAUGUGAAUCAAAAGGAAAUUUAUAAACCGAUCGGCCGCGGCGGACUUUUCACUUUUCUCCUACAGUAUUAAUUUAUUUGGCGUGCAAUCUUAAAAUUUAAUCACAAAUUAAAUAAGGUAAUUUGUUUAAUUUCAACUGUCAUAAAAAUUUGACACAAGAAAAAUUAUUUUUGGAAACUUCUCCUCCUGUUUAAAAAUUGCAAUCAAAGUAAGUCUUUCUCAAAGGACGCCGCGUCAGAGUGAGUUUCGCCUAUUUUACUAGAGUAUUUUUUACGAGAUCGAUGCAUGCCAUGUUGUGGUAAAUAAUACGGUUUAAUAAUCCAUUAUUGUUAAGUGAGAACGGCCGUCUUCGGUUGGUGAAUGGAAAAUUUUGAAUCCCAGUAUUGCAAUUUAUUGUCACUGAAAAAAGAAAAGACAAAACCGAAUCAUUCUGAGGAGUAUUAAAUAAUAAUAUUAUAAUCGUAAACAAAAGAGAUAUUCCACGUACGUGUCACUUCAUUUUGCAUAAACCACGUGGGCCCUGAAUGUGAAGUCUGUGGCUAUAAUCUCCGUUUUCAUUGGACCCUCAACCGAGUAAUCCGCAACACUAAGUAGCCUUUGUGAUAAAAACAAAUCCAUGUAAAACCUUUAACACGCUGAUAUCAUUUUUGUAAAUUUCCACAAUGCGUAUAAUCGAGGCCUUAUUUCGACAUUCUUAAAGCUUCUCUCCGUGGAUGAUUUUUAUUCUCGAAUGCAAAAUAAUAAAUCUCAUGACCAAGAUCCAAAUAUUAAAAAUUUUAACUUCUUAAGCGUUGCAAGGGAGGUUCCUUUUUGCACCAAACACAUUUAAACCUUGAGAAAAACGUCUGUCUUGGUUGCUGGAGCACUAAAUUCAACCAAUUAAGGAAGUUUCUAUACUUCUGGACAGAGCGACACUUCACUCAAGGAUUAAAUGCUUUUGGCGGGAAAAUGUUUCAACCCUUAGAAGUUCAAAUUUUUCGAUGUUAACCAUUUUCAUGAAAUUUCAUUUUUAAUUCAAAAAUAAAUAUCAUUCCUGGUCAGACCCUUUAAAAUUGAAGUUUUGGAAAAAUAACGAAUUAAUUUUCGUUCACAAUCAUAACCCAUUGCCUUGCAAGAAAAUAAGGAAACUUUACAUAGACACUAUGUAUAUUUUGAGAGAAUUCCAUGAAUUAUCAAAAAUCGUGCUCAUGAAAAUUGAAGAGGUGCAUUUCCACGCAAAUAUUUUCAGUUCUUUUGAAAACGCCUACCUAAAGAUGAAAAAAAAGACACCUCUACCUAUAUAUUUAUUUUUGUGUAAAAUUAAGCAAGACUUAAUGAAAUGGCAACAGCACUGGAACCAAUUCUCAAAAAUUCGCCUGUACUUUUUGUGCUGUUUGACCUCGUGUUCCGUUUUUUGUCGAGUGAGUAUGCAUAAUAAUUAUAAUUACUAUUUUACAGUGUUUGCUGAUAUGACUUCAAACGUGUAAAUAGUUUGCGUCGAGAAACUCUGUUUGCUUACUAGUCUUACCUUGUUUAUUCCAACCAAGGAGGGAAAAAUUGUGAAUUUUUUUUUCCAACUUUGACAUUCCCUCUUAUAAAAAAGAAAGAAAGAUUUUCAGGCGCCAUUUUUUACUUAAAGAAAGACAAAACCUACUGGGAUAAAUAAUUGUUUUGGUCUUAAUUUUUUUUUUGUCCACUGAACAUUCCAAUUAUGUGAUUCGUAUGCCGUCUUUUGCUUAGUUCUUAAGUGCAACAUCGAUACGUACUUAUAAGUUGAUUUUUGAUUAACAUAAUUUAUUGUGGUGUGGAUUUGGAGAGGAUUUUACCCGUGGUUAAAAAGUAAAACGACUGAGCUUUCAAGUUGCAGCAAAACUACUGGCUCAAUUUCUUAAUACACGAAUGAUUCAAUUUUUUUUUUUAUUACUCGUACGUUAUUAUUUAGUUUUUAUUCUUGUUUUGUGUUUCGUCAGAAAACUAAUUUGUACCAACAACAGUCUCUUGUAAAUAAAAAUAGCAGCCACUGUGUUACAUUUAUAUAUAUCGACGAUUAUUACCAUUUGAUUUGUGCUGUCUGCCAUUUUUACUUUCGACUGUACAUAAAUAUACUAACUUGAGACGAGUUCUUGUGCGACAUUGAUCGAUGUAAAUAAUUAUAAACCUAUAUUCAAAGAAAAAGACAUCUUGUGACCAUAUGUUGGAAAAGAUUAAUUUAUAGGGGUCAUGGUGAUAAAGCAAAAAUUUACUAAUUAAUGAAUAUGUAAAAAAAGCAAGCGACACACAAAAGAUAUGCAGAAAAUAAUAAAUGUAAUCUACCUUUUCGGCAAGAGGAGGUGAGAUGAGCGAAUUGAAAAAUUAUAAAAAAAAAAUUAUGAUGAGA